AUGUGCCACUUUCAGUUCUCCUCACACUGCUGGUGUGUUGAAUUUUUUGACAUAGGGUGCUGGCAGAUUACGGGCCUCCUAUAGCUGCUGCCAGGCCCCUAAUCUGCCAUGGGCCCCUAUACCGCCUCCUCAUGCUGCUGCUAGGUCCAGAGUCUCUCAUGGGUCCCUGUACGGCCUCCCUUGCUGCUGUCUCCAUCGCCACACUCUGCCAUGUGCCACUUUCAGGUCUCCUCACACUGCUGGUGGGUUCCAUUUUGUCAUAGGGUUGCUGUAUGGCCUCCCAUUACUGCUGCCUCCACCGCCACACUGUGGCUCCAAACACUGGUUUUUGCCCCGUGACUGGCCAAAUGAGUGAAGUGUGCGGUGAUUCUAAGAUCGACGGCACUCAUCUGCAUGUCAUACUGACUGACAGUAUUAUUUCUCUUCCCCAGCAGACUCCAAGGGCAUUUAAAUUAAAGGUACAGUGUUCUGCACUAAUAUUA